AUGGAUCCACGUUAUUAUCCAACGCCGACCGCCCCCGAAGGAUCCCUUCCUCCUCCGCCUCCACCUCCACCACCACCUCCUCCUCCUAUUGAGCAGCAGCAGCAACAGCAGCAACAACAGCAGCUAGGAACAAAGCGCCCUCAUGCCUCCGCGGUAAAAUCAAGGUCUGCAUCCAGCUAUCCACGAAAAAGAGCUGUCAGCGCGUGCCUUGUGUGUCGCGGCAGAAAGACGAAAUGUGACAACCAGCGCCCACAGUGCGGGUUCUGCCGACAGAAUGGUGCCGAAUGUGUUUAUGAGGCCGAGAAGCUUGCUACAUUCGACGCGGCUUCUCUGGCCAUUUUGGACAGGCUCUCGAGGAUAGAAGCGCUGCUAGAUGUUCCAGCAAACAACCAACCUCCGAGUCACCCUUCGCCCCAUGCAUCAUCUACGAGUGGAGGUGCUGUGAUGCCGAGUAAUGCGACCACUAUAAGGACGCAUUCACCAGGACUCAGGGGCUCAGAUCACCCAGCAGAGGCGUCGGAAAUAUUUCCUAUCUCUAUAUCAACAGCUGCGGCGUCGAGGGUAGAAAAUGUUUUACAAUGGCCCGUCUUCCAGGGAAAGAUAUCAACAGAAGAUAUCUUGGCACCUGUUUUCGCGAACAAAGGAGAUGACUCGGAUGAUGAAGAUUCCGAGGAUGGGGAGGCACAAGGCUGGGGCAAUGAUUACCGACCGGAUAGACAUUCGAUGGAGCAUCAGAACGGACAGCAUGAGCACCAGGAUGGGGAUGAUUAUAGUCCUAGCACCAAAAAGGGGCCGAUGUAUAUCGAUGAAAAGGUUUUACUACAAACCCGGGGGGAGAUUGCCAUUCUGGUCAAGAGAUUCUUCCGAAACGUACACACGAAAAAUCCCAUCUUGGAUUCAAGUGAACUGGAAAAGUACGCCAACCAUGUGGAGCGUGUUGGGGAAUUUGGCUGGACCGGAAAGGCUUGUUUACUUCUUCUGGUUUGUGCCCUGGGAUCUCUAUCAGCGUCCUAUAACCCGAAAUCAAUGCCUCGUAUGUCAGAGACACCCACAGCUCGGACGGUAUUCCCUUCUGCAGAGAUCAGUCAGCGCUAUUUUGCGGCCGCCAAGAAACGAUUGGGGAUCGUGAUGUCGUCGAACCAGCUUGUCGCAGUGCAGUGCCUGUUCUUGACGGGCAUAUACCACAUGUACACUUUCCAUCAGUUUGCGGCUUGGAAAAUGUUCAAUGCCGCUUCUGUUUCUUGCGAGGGUUAUCUGCACCGCAAGGAGAAGGCCAAGAUCGCCGAAGCAUCCUAUGAACUCGACAUCUCCCAUUCAGGCCUCAAUGAAAUCGAAUAUCCACACGCAUUCCCUUCUCCACCGCGAGAGAUCUCAACAUCGCAGGCAUUCCAAUCCUCAAACUCGUUUUUUGAGCAACCCCGCAGCGCCUAUGCCACCGAGGAUCGGGCAUCGGAAGAACAAUUGGAGGACCAGAAGACCUGGUUCUAUUACUUGGCGGAAAUUGCGCUCCGGAAGGUUGAGAUUCGAAUGUCGUGCACAUUCAGGCAACGCACGCCACGAUCAGCAGGGAACCAUGACGGGACAUCAACGUCGACCUCUACAGGCGAGGAUGAGGCUACAACUCAGCCAACCAUAGAUGACCUCCUGCACACAGCCAACGAAUUCGAGUUGCAGCUCGACCUCUGGUUGACCUGUCUUCCCCAGAUCCUCAAGUUCCCGUCGGAUCCUAGCCUGCCCUGUGGAGAUGAAAGGUUGCAGUACCUGCGACAGAGGUAUUGGUGGAAUCUGUCGCGCGUGUAUCGGCCGUUUAUCUACUACCUCCUCCACGCACCGCACGCACGGCACCACCGUAGGUACCACAAGAUGCUGGAUUAUGCGAAGAAGGGGUUGGAGAUUGAUAUUAAUUUCAUCCUGUCCAACGUGAUAAUGCACCGACACCACGGAGCGUGGUUGACGUUGAGAGCGUUGACAAGCAACAGCGUGAUAAUCCUGGCGGUGAAGAAACUCAGGGUGCUGGAACCUAUGCCGUAUAAAUGGGGCGAGGCGAUCACUCUGGCCAAGAGCUGCUUAUCGUACUGGGAGAGCGAGGUUCGGGACGCGGGGAAGCUGAAGGAGGCAAUCGAGAAGGUCGAGAUUAAUAUCCCGGAGAGAAUACCGGAAAGAUGGAACGGGAACGAAUUGACGAAUCAAUGA